AAAAUAUUUCUUUUCUUCCCAAAAAGUUCUUCUUAGUAAUAUAAUUAGGAGGAUGAUGUGUUGGAUCCCUGAGAAGUUUCAGCUUCACUUGGCCAUGUUGGCUUUGCAAUUCGGAUACGCAGGUUUUCAUGUCGUUUCGCAAGCUGCCCUUAACAUUCUUGCCUUCUUUCUCCUCUUACCCUUUGCCUAUUUUCUUGAAAAGAAAGAGAGGCCGCGGCUAACAUGGAAUUUCGCCGUCCAGUUUUUCCUACUUGCGAUUGUUGGGAUCACAGCAAAUGAAGGAUUAUAUUUGCUGGGACUUGACCACACCUCACCAACUUUCGCGUCUGCUGUCCAAAAUUCCGUCCCGGCCUUAACGUUCCUCAUGGCCGUCAUUCUCAGGCAAAGCUCCCCCUAA